GUAUGGCGGCUGAGUGUUUGACAACCAUAACGGAGCAAUGGAUACGGGACAGAUUACAAUUAAAACAUCCCUCUCUCGCUGAUGUCCGCUCACUGAGCCUCCCGGGAACGUAUGAGGAGAAGAUUAGACAUCUGGGAAACGCACUGACCAACUUUGUCCGUCUGAAGUCUCUGGAUCUCUCCUGUAAUGCACUCGUCUCUGUUGAGGGGGUGCAGCACUUGAAAAUGCUGGAGAGGCUGAUCCUGUACUAUAACUCCAUACCUUCCCUUGAAGAGGUGAAAGUGCUGUAUGAGCUGUUGGCUUUGAGAGAGCUAGACCUCAGACUUAACCCUCUGACCAAAAAUGACCCAAACUACCGCCCUUAUCUGGUGCAUGCCAUGCCCAACCUACGCAAACUUGAUAGCUGUCCUGUCAGAGACACUGAGCGCAAAGCUGCUAUAAUGCAGUUUUCCUCUGACCUUCUACCUCAGCAGAAGAGCUCCUGUCUAAAUCAGGUUGAACACCAAAGAAGCAGUGAUCAGAGACUGGCCUUAGUUGGCCGCUUAACCAAGCGUCUCUCUCUCAUGACUGACACUGAUGAUGUCGUACUGAAUUUUGUGGCGAUGAAUCAUGGAGACCAAAGUGAAACCAUCUCCGAACCUGUUCAUGAGGAGGCAGAAGACCCGAGAGAGAAAGAAUCAAAAGAUUUUACAGAACAGAGAAGUUCUACUCCAAAACAGGAAAUGGCUAAAUCCAUCCUCAGGUAUCCCCCCACAAAAUAUGAUAAUGCAGAGUCCAAUGUGGCACACAUGAAGGAUCCAUCUCAUAAAAAAGGCUCUACCUCAUUAAAAGUGUCUGAAAGACCAAAGGUGUCCUUUGGCCCCUAUGUAGAGAGACGCAGAGCAGUGCCUGGAAAACUAAAGGACUUCCCCAAACAAACCAGACAUGCAGCCAAGGGACAUUUCACCCCCAAUCCUGAUCAAAGUCACCAUCAUAAUUCUUCAUUUAUUAACAUCCGGCCUCCCAGUCCUCAUCGUCCUGGUUUGAAUCUGUCUGACUCUUCUAACCCCAUUUUACAUCCUCCAAGACUGACAUACUCCAGCUUCAAUAAGACAGGAGGGGGCUCCAGCCUGCAGCAGCAAGCAGAAAUGAAAAAAAGGGGUAGUUACAGGAAACCCCUGGAGAUGCUUCUCAAUCUCGUGGACAAACACUGGACGGGAGAGAAAUCUUUGCAUCAUAACAACAACUUCCUGUCUCAGGCGGUCCAGAUCCUCUCUAUGAUGGAGAAUGAUAUUUCCAGCCGGGAGGCUGAGGUCAGGAACUUAAGACGAGAAGCUGAUGCACUGAGCUUUCAAGCGGCUGCACGAGAGGAAGAGCACAAAACUGAAGUUCGUAACCUCUCUGCUCAGCUGGAGGAAACUCGCAGUGCAGUUGGCAAAUUAAAUGAGCAGCUGAGGAUUGUCUUGGAGGAGAAUGUCGCUCUACAGAAACAGCUCAUCAAAUUAGAACGACAGUAUCUCAAGUCUAUGAUGAAAAGUUCACCUAUUACUCAGAUUAAAGAGGCUCAGACGGAAGUGGAGGAGCUGAGGAAAGAGAUCGAGGGGCUGAGGGAGAAAGUGCGGGAGGCUGAGAAAGUCAAGGAUUUAUCAAAUAUGCUGCAAGAAAGCCACAGGUCCCUGGUGGCUACCAACGAGUGUUUGCUAGCUGAGCUGAAGGGAAGUGGGGAGCAUUAAUGAAGAUUUUGAAUGAGGACAUGCGCAUCGGUAUGAAAAUAUCAAAACAAGACUAUGCAGAAUGUCAUAUUAGCAUUGCAGUCACUGCAUGAGCCCCAGCAUUUAAAGACAUACUUUAUUUAUAUCACUGCAAGGUACAUUGUUUUUGUGGGUAUGAAGUUCCCAGCCCCUUUGAUAAAUGUUCAUUAUUUAAAAAAAUAUGUAUAGACUGUGUUAGCUCAGUGUAAACAAUGAUCGGGAAAGGCAAUUCAUUCAAGUAAGGCUGUGUAUAAGUGUGUGACACGGCUGUUAUAUUGACAGAUCAUUUUAUGGGGGGGGAAAAUGUUGAUAGGUCAUAAUUUAUUUCCUGGAUCAGUGGCAAGAUUGUGUCUCUCUUGGCUGUUUUUCCCCUUUUUUAUUUAUUUUAUUUUAGGCCAUUUGUGUCUCCAUCUGCUUUGUACGCUGUAGUGGAAUGAAUGCAUCUAGAUUCCAGCUGCAAUGUGACUUUAUUUAUACCUCUGCCUUAGGGCUGGAGAGCUACAGACACACACACACACACCAACACAUUUUCGUUUCACAGACACUAAUGCAAGACCUGGCAAGCCAGGUUAGAAUGUGGAUCCUACAUAAACUGAAUGCAGCUUUUAUUUUUAUGUGACUGUUACAGGUCACUGGCUGGUGCUACUGGCAGGGAGUUUCACAGUGUUGCUGAAAAAGCCAUAAGAAUAUAAAACAUUAUAUUUUGACUUGCACCCCAUAACCUGCUCAGCAAAGGUUCUGGGGUGUUUUUUUUAUUUUUAUUUUAUAUUUUCAAUAAAGCACUACAAAUCAUGAACACACAUUAAGAGGUCUAAAGAACAAGAACAAAAACACGCUGCAUGCACCGGAGCACAAUAGUACAUUAAAAGUUAUUUGAAAAAAAUAAAAUAAAGACAAUAUUGUUCCUCCACAUUAAAAGGUGCACAGUAUUUGGCAUUAAGCACAGGAAACAGAUUACACCCAAGCUACUGCAGCAGACAAAAACUAACGCACUGAUAGCUGCUAGGUUCGCACUCAAUGCGUGAUUCUUCAUCAGCUGAGACUACGGGUAGUGUGUGACAAGUGUGGUGAAAAAAACACUGUCACUAUGUUGAAAAAAUAUUGUUCUACAAAAGUAUAUUACUUGCAAUUUUCCCUUUUUCUCAUACAGUAUGCAGUAUGUCAGGAUACAACAGUAAAUCCCUGCUUUUGUAUUUAGUUGAAUUUGUGCCUUGGAUGACAGUACCACACAUAAAAGGUACUCUAAAUCUUUAUCAAUAGACAAGUAUAAUAGCAUUAUAGGGUAGCUGACUUUGUACAUGUACAAGUUGAUACACAUUGAUUUCAAGCAAUACAAGAUUUUAUCAUGAUCCUACAGUUUCAUCACUUAAUAUAUUUUUAGCAAGAAAAUAAUUAAGUCAGUCCAGUAGUCUGUCCUCACAGCAGGCACAGCAGUUCAGAUACGAUAUGACAAACUCCUACAGUCAUCUAUAUGCUUCUGAAUCAAAUGCAAUAUACACAACAUGCACAAAGUACAGCAAUACAGGAAGAAAUAAAAACAUACGAAGCCAGUGUCAUAAAUUAAGCCAGGUGGCUAUAACGUUUUAGAAUAUACACAAUCUUACCACAAAUAUAUUAGAAGUACUGUAAGAAAUCUGAUGAGGAAGUAACAAUUUAAGUAAAAUGUUAAAAAUACAAUCUUGUACAACUGAGCUCAUCUACUGUGGUUGGAGCUUCCUUCAGCUAAAUUCACCAAUUUAAUAUUCAAAAUGCAUGUUGGCAAAAUGGUUUGUGAGGCAGUGUAAGAUGUAAUAGGAAAGUCCUAUUAAAUAAAUGUUUAUUUAAGCGUCAUAAGCAGGCCAUUUUAAAAGACUUGCAUGCUAGGACUUUUGUUUUUCAUAUUCACAGAAGCAGACAGAUAUGGCAGAGGUCAAAAAUGUUCAGUCCGACAACUAACAAAAAAAAAAAAAAAUUAAA